UCAACAACCGCCUGGCCUAGUGUCUCUUGCCGGUCACCUCACCACCGAAAGGGAUCUGAAAACUUCAACCAUGGGAGUCGAAGGCUGCACUAAAUGUAUCAAAUACUUGCUUUUCUUCUUCAACUUCAUCUUCUGGCUCGCAGGAGGUGUGGUCCUGGGCGUGGCACUAUGGCUUCGACAUGACGGCCACACCAGCAGCCUGCUAGAGUUGAAGUUUGACGGCCAACAAGCACCAACCACCUUCUUAAACAGUGUUCACAUCCUGAUCGCUGUUGGCGCGGUGAUGAUGGUUGUCGGGUUCCUCGGCUGCUAUGGUGCCAUUCAGGAGUCUCAGUGUCUUCUUGGAACAUUCUUUGCCUGCUUGGUGAUCCUGUUCGCUUGUGAGGUGGCAGCUGGAAUCUUUGGAUUCAUGCACAAAGAUUCGAUUUCCAAAGAGCUGAUUACCUUCUACGACAAUGUGUAUGACAACUCUCUAGCAAACACUUUAACAGACCAGGACAAGAAACAGGCUGCCGCUGCUGUGCUGAAGGUCUUCCAUGAGACAUUGGAUUGCUGUGGUAGGGGCAUCAGCAACCCGUUCACUACGUUAUUCACCCAAGGUUUGACAGACAUCUGCCCCAAGACAGUCUCCGCUUCCACUUCAGACUGUCAUGUGAAAAUCAAGGAGCUCUUUAAUGAGAAGGUUUACCUGAUUGGUAUCGCUGCCCUGAUAGUUGCUAUUAUUAUGAUCUUUGAGAUGACCUUUAGCAUGGUCCUGUGCUGUGGGAUCCGCAACAGCCCGGUGUACUAAAGUCCAGGGGGAAGGAGCAAGGGCUAGUGACCUCUGGAGACACUAGCCAAUGACUGAAGGAAAAUAUUUAUCUUCCUUUAUUUGGUUUUUAUAGCCUGUCACUUCCUCAAAUAGUUGCUUGCCAAUUUUGUCAGUUGUACAAGAUAAAAAAUGCAUCUUCUCACACAGUUUUUGAUAAUACAGUACCAACUAUUCUUGUCAGUCACAGAUAGCUGUUCAAUAUUUUGACUAAUGUUAGUCUGUACAAAAUGUUGAGGUUUACAUUGGCAUAGCAUUUACACACACACACACACGCACACACACACACACACACACACACACACACACACACACACACACACACACACGAGUACAGAUGCUGGAAUUAUUUUGUGUUAAUUGUGAAGUAUUUCUACUUUGCUGGAGUCCAAAACAUUGUAUUCUGUUGGUUUAUCAAUCUCUUUUCAAAUGAAUAUGUAUAAACUGUAUAUAUUUGCAGUGCUUUAUGACUGUCAAGCAUGGAUAUUGUAUUGAAUCCCUUCUCCCCAGAAUUUUCUGCACUAACUGCUUGUCUGCCUGAGUUUUCUCCAGAGAGAACAACCACUAAGAAACAGUGAAUGGAUACUAUUGAUUUUACUAUCCCGUUUAAAACCAAGAUAAUAGAGGUGAUAGUUUCCCCUGUGCUUUUAUAACAACUAGCAAUCUACGCCAUAAAGAGACCCCAUGCCUCCAAGCCUUAUGAGUGGAAUGUCCCAUCCUUCCCAACAACACCUUGUUCCUGUAAAACUACAUUGAAUGUCCUGUCCUUAACCUAUUGCUGUGUACUAUGCAUACCUACAGAAAUCUCACCUCUUAGGGUCCUGGGCUGGCGCAGCGGUCAAACGCACUGCACUGCAGUGCUGAGGCGCCACUACAGCCUGGGGUUCGAUCCCAGACUGUCACAACCGGCCGGGACUGGGAGCCCUAUAAGACGACGCAUAAUUGGCCCAGUGCCGUCCGGGGUAGGGGAAGGUUUGGCUGGUGGGGCUUUCCUUGGCUCAUCGUGCUC